CCAGUACAGUAAAGCAAAAGAAAAAUACUUUUAAAGAGAUCCGCCACUUGUACGACCGACCCCGCCCAUGACUCAGACUCUUACGCCCUUCACCUCUAAUUUUCAUUUCCUUGCUUUUCCCCCUUCUAAUCUCUACCAUUCAUCUUCCUUUUCCAUCACCAACCUUUAUGAAACCUCCCAUCCAACGGUCAUCAUCUCAUGUGCACCAACUCACAAUGAGGUCUAACUUUAAUUUUUUUUUUUAUUAAAGCAUCUUUCUAUAAAAUAUUUAAAAAAUCGCAUUAAAUAUUUUUAGUUUUGUUUUUUUAACUCAUUUGACCGAAACUCCGCUUUCCUUCUCUCUAUAUAACCCUUUCCACCCCCUUCUCUCUCCUCAUCCUUUGCUUUUGUUUCCAUUUCUCAUCCCUACUCUCUUGUCUCUGUUUUCAAUUAGCUCUUUUGUUUAAUGGCCGAGACACCAUCAAAACGCCUCAGAGAUGAAGCUCAAAUAGAAGAAGAUGUUAUCGUUGUUGAUGAAACUAAUAAGCGCCAUAAGUCAUAUAACCACAUACUCACUCUUCUUGAAGAAGAAGAAGAUGAAAUAACCCAAGACCUUUCUUCUCUCAUCACUACACUUCAGCAAGAACUCUCCUCUGACUCUACCUUCAACGACCCUCUUUCUUGUGUAACCACAGUAACCGACCAAGAAAACCCUAUCAAUGCCGUAACGCCCACCUUAGAAGACUGCCCAUCUUCUUCUUCUUCUUCUUCUUCUUCUUCUUCUUCUUCCUCUACCUUCUUGAAGGAGGAUGAGGAAGAUGAUAAGGAAAGAGUUAUAAGGCAUCUUCUUGAAGCAUCUGAUGACGAGCUUGGGAUUCCAAACAGACAAGCUGUUAGUAGUGUUGAAGAUGGCUAUGGAGAAGCUCUUGUUAGCAGUGGAAAUGGGUUCCAUGGAGUCGAUGGGUUCUCCCUCUGCGAUGGCUUAUGGGAAUUUGAAGACGCUAAUGCUAACUAUUAUGCCUUGUUGCAAUCUGAACUAUUCCUGUAGCUAGCCAGCGGGUUAGGGGGGGGUUUAGAACGGAAAGAAAAGAAAUGGUAGGGGUUGAAAAAGAUGAAAAAGUGAGUGGGAGAAAAUAUAAAAUGGAAACUAUAUUUGGGUUUCCAUUUUUGCCACUUUUUUUUUCUUUCUUUGUAAAAAAAAAAAAAAUCUGAAGCACCCGGCCCUUAACCUUCUCUAAUUUUUAAUUUAAAAGGAUUAAAAUGUGGAACAACAAAAAAAUUAGUCCUCACUAUA